AUGCUUAAGUUUCUGCAACAGUUUCGAUUUUUCUCAGUUUUGUAUUGCUUAAUAUCAAUGAUUCAAUGGUCGGUAGUCAGUUUCUCGCUCGGAUUCUUUCUUAGCAUCUGCGUCUUUGGGUACUUCGUAUUCUUCAAAUCGUUACCUGACCUGCCCAAGCCUCAGCCAAGAUUUGUUGGUAUUGUACCUGCAAAUUCAAAUUUUGUUGAGGUCGAUAAAGAAUUGAGGACAGUUGAAGGUUUGAUACACGAUGGGAAUGCGCAAAUUGGAAAAGAAUUAGAGAGUAUUGUUGACUUAAUUAUUCGAGAUUUUGUUGAGCCUUGGUUCACAAAAAUCGAUAAGAAUAGUGAUGCAAAGUUUCUCAAAGUAAUAAAGUGGAGAUUAUUACAAACGCUGCUAGUGGUGAAGGAGAAGUUGAUAAAGAACGAUAGUGCCAGUUUGAUUGUUCUAAAGCUAUUGCCCAUAUUUAACAAACAUUUCAGCACUUUUUGUGAUGCCAGAGAAGCUGUGUUAAGCGAUUUGAAUCUUGAAAGGCAAAAAGCAGCCAACAUCGAUCUACAAAUUGCUGUAGAGUUUAAUAAAAAUUACAAAUUACAUAAAUCGUUAUCACUGAAGCCUAAUGCUCUUCAGAAAGAAAUUGAAAAAUCUAUAAGAAAAACUGUGAUUGGACUGCUUCCCCAUCUUUUUGAUAAUGAUGAGUUAGACUCAUUGCUUGUUUUCACGUUGAUGACAGAGGUUCUCACUACGUGCAUCAUUUCUCCAUUAAUCUUCAAAUUUACUGAUCCAGAUAGUUGGAAUUUAAGAAUUGUAAGUCUUUCACAAAACUACUUCGAAGAAAAACACAAAGUUCACAAGAUAAGAAGAAUGUUGAGUAAAGAGUUACAGGAUCAUAGAAAUGUGAUGAAUAACAUAGGGAACAAAGACGCUGGAGGACCCUCGAGUGAGAAAUUGGAGCUUAAUGUUGAUUUCACUGGAAAACAGUUCGAGCAUUAUCUUAACCAGCUAAACUCUUUGUUAGAUCUAAGUGAUAUCAAAUAUGUCGCAUAUUCAUUAGCUUUAAAGAUAUACGAGUUGAAAGGAAAUGAACAUUUAAGCAAGGAGAAUUUGAAGUAUAAGAAACGUUUAUUACUCUCCUUAAAUUUGAUUGAAUCAAAGCUAUCAUUUCCUGGCUCAGAAAUCGAAACAGCAAGCAAAAAGCUUGCCAGAGAUGGUUAUUAUUCUGAUUUAAAUAUGGAUAAUGGAGUAGUAUUGAAGGAGAUGAGUACAUUUCUCGCUUCCAUCGCAUUGAAAGACAUCAUAGACGAUACCGAAUUCCUUCCUUUUUUUAAAUCAUUCUUGGGCAGUAUUUCUGAAACACAGGGUUUGACAUUUUUAGAGUACUCGCAAACAAUCGAAUCAUUUAAAAAUCCCUUGGAAGAUGCCACAUCAGAGGAUAUAAUUUCUGGAUACUCUGGAAUUAACACUAUUCAACUGCGAGAAAUUUCUGCAAAGUUUUUCCACAAUAAUGACUUACAAAAUAUGAAAUUGCUGGAUGAAGGGUUAGUGAAAAAUAUUGUACUUUUUACUAACUCCUUUCAAAUCAGUAAUGAUGAAGACACGUUUAUUCUAGCUCGAAAAAGUGUGUUGCUGUUACAAACAGAGGCUAUAAAGUAUCUCGAUGAUAAGUUUCUACCACUUUUCAAGAAAUCGCCUUUUUUUCUCCAAAUGCUUUCAACAUCCCAUAUCGUUUCGACUGAUAUAUAUGUUCACUUUUUGAGCAGGAGGAACAGCGGUGCUAACAACGCAGAACAAACCAAAAUAUUAAAGGAUAAUGCGAAGAUAGAUUUUAUGAAUCCUGUUAGGAUUUUCGCAAACCCUGGUAUCACAGAUGCUUUAGAUAGUAUAGUGAAUGGAUCCGGAUUCAAACCAGAUAAAUCGAAAGUAAGUUCAAAUCCGCGCUACUCACAACUAUUUGGUUCAGAAAGUGAUAACAUUUUCAGAGACAAACUCUUCGACGAUGAAAACGAUAAUCCCUCCGAAUUUUACGUUGUCGAGGACCAAUUAGAUCUUCCACGCAGUGUGGAGAAAUUAAGCGUGUCUAGCGGAAAUUCGGAUCUAAAUCCUAGUCAAUUCCAUGGGUUAAGUAAUUUUAGGGAUAAUAUAGCAUCUUUGACUAUUUCAAUUGACCAAAUCGAGAAAGAGCUUGAACUCUUAAGGCAUUUGAUUUUGAAGGCAGAUCUGACCAACAAUCAAAUGCAGUUGAAGAUUUUAAAAAAGUCACAAAGAACCCUAUUGAAAGAACUAGAAAUGAAAGAACUACUGAAACAACAAUAUAUGGUACAAGAAAAUGCCAAUAGUUUGUUCAGAAAAACUAAGAUAUACAUUAGGUCGUACUUCAGCGAGAAUUCCAGUAAUGGUCUAAAAGAGAUAACUUACUAUAUCAUUAACAUUCAUCACUUUAAUAAUGGGCAGGUAAGUUCCUGGGAUAUGGCAAGAAGAUACAAUGAAUUUUUUGAAUUGAAUAUAUAUUUGAAAAAGAAUUUUAGGGAUGUGAUGAGACAGUUGCAAGACCUGUUCCCGUCAAAAGUGAAAAUGUCAUUGAAAUACCAUGUUACAAAAACGUUGCUUUAUGAAGAAAGAAAACAAAAACUUGAGAAGUACUUGCGAGAAUUACUAUCUAUUUCUGAAAUAUGCGAAGAUAAUAUUUUUAGAAGGUUUUUGACCGACCCUACCCUAUUCAAACUAAACAAGGAAAACACGCAUGAUGGUAUUCUGGAGGAGCCACCUCGUGAAUCUAUUGGCAGUAGUAAUAGCACGAGUAAUAGUAGCUCUGUUGCUGAUUUACAAAGCACUGAAGACAACGGCGACGAGCUGAAUUUCUAUGAAGAUGAACGACAUUUUUUUACUGAUUCUGGGUAUCCUUUCUAUUCGCAAAACAAAUCUUUUGUUAAACAGAUAUGUGACUUGUUUAUCUCGCUCUUUGCUUUAAACAAGGCGAAUGCGGGCUGGUUGAGAGGCAGGGCAAUAAUUACCGUUUUACAACAGCUUCUUGGGAGUACUAUUGAAAAGUAUAUAAAGGUCAGCAUUCAAAAAUUGAGGUCAGAGGAUCAAGUGCUAGAAGCAGUAAUUACAUUUAAAAAUAUGCUAUGGGGUGACAACGGCGUGUUCGAAAGAAAAAGAAAUGAAACAAUAGAGGCAGCAAGAAGCGAAGGUGAAAAGCUACGAACGGAACAACUCGCCCUAACCAGCCUGCAGAGACUAUUCGCAGAUACCUGUGGGCGUGUGGUAGGUCUAAGGGAUUCUCACGAAGCUGCUGAUCGGGUCCAUGCCAUGCUACAGAACCCGUAUUUAAAUGCCAGCUUGCUGUUGGAAGCUCUUGAUGCAAUUUUAUUGGAUAUAAUAUGUAAUGACUAA